AUGUCCCAGUCGCAUUUAAGACUUUCAUCAUCACCAGUACUAUUUCGGGAAAGACCCUCGAACUUCGGAAACUCCUCUCCAAUAUUUGCACCAUUGGCAAAUAUUCCUACUGCCUCCUCUUCUUCUCGAGAACGACGCUUUCCAGCACAGCGAGGACGAACACCAAAUUCUCCUUCAGAUCAAUCCAGUCGCCAUUCACGAUCAUUUAGGGCUUCGGGAGAAAUGGAAGCAGAUUUAUUGCCACCUCCUCGACGCCGGUCGGCAGCUAGCUCCGGAAUCAUUAUCGAUUUAACAUCAGACCAAGAUGAUAUUCCUUCAUCUCCAGCCCCGCAUCGUCGCACAGCUCGUAUUAAUGCUCCUUCUCCGAGACCACCACCGACUUUAGGGAGGAGUGAAGCAAGAUUAGAGCAGGUUGUGGAUCUUACAGCGGACGAUGAUGAUGAUGAUGAGGAUGAUACUAUCAUUAUAACCCAUUCUCGAGAACGUUCUAUACCCCUUCCUCCCCGUGGCCGACUACCACAACCACCAUCAAUAACUCCUCCAUAUGGAGAGGGAAUAAGAGUUCAUACGAUUCGCGGCACUUAUAUUCUCAAUGAAAAUCAGAUGGGACCAGCAAGGCCGCCGCCAGAACGCCACCUCCCUGUUGGUGAGCGUGCCAUUGGUGGUAUGAGAGCUCUUUACGAAAAUGGCGCUGACAUUAUCAUGAACAUUCACAAUUUAAUGGGCCUCAAUCAUGAUGAACUUGUGGGAGGAAUGCCUUUCUUGGGUGGCUACCCAGCUAUGCCGAAUGUUAUGGAUUAUGGAAGAGUGGCGUUGCAAGAAAAUAAGCCUGAACAUGUUCCACCUCCGCCAGUAGGAGAUGGAUUUACAAGGUCGCCUACAGAGAAUGAUACUGCGAUUUGCCCAAGCUGUGAAGAAGAAUUAAUUCAUAGAAAGGAUGGUGAUGAGCCAAUGGCAAAGAAGUCUCGCGGGGCACCUAGUAGAAAAGACAGAGAAGAACAUCCUUUCUGGGUUGUCAAAGAUUGUGGUCAUGUGUUCUGCAAUAAAUGCUAUCAACAUCGCUCGAAUGAAAAAUUAUCCUCCUUUCGUGGAAGCAAGAACAUCCUCUGUUCAGUUGAGGACUGUGAAUCGGUCGUCAAAAAUAAGGAUAAAUGGGUGGGCAUAUUCCUGUAA